AUGGACGAAGGCAGCCAGCUGAGGCCUCGUGGAUUAUUUUGGAGACCAUGGACUCAAAGUAGCUCCAGAAAAUUGCUGUCACAAAGCUUGCCAUAUGCCAAAGGCCUGUGUGAAAAUCGUCAAGCUGGACAGAAGCCUGUAGACUACAACCACCCAGUGAGAUUAUUUUGGCCCAGAUCUAAGCCACUAGAUCUCAUGUAUGUGGAAGCAGAUGACUUAUUAAAAAGUUUUCCUGUCCAGGCCACGUUAUCCUUCUAUGACUCUGAAUCAGACACAGACAAUGAUGAAGAAAACAGUGAAGAGGAGCAUGAUUCUGGAUUUGAAUCAGAGUGA